CAAUCUCACAAGCAUUAAGCCGGGUUUGGUCCUCUUACAUACGUACCUGCCUCCUCAACCUACCCACCUUGAACGUCUACCCUCUAUCCCUGCAUAACUCGUACCUAGCUUCUUUCAACCCCCAUCUCCUCUUCAAAGCGCCAACUUACUCUUGAUUCAGUAAAUCCACGUACGAUUCCACGCAUAACUCGGUAUCUCGGAUGUGAUUACGUCGGGCGCGACGACUACGACGCAGCACAUCCUAACAGUCCAGACUUAAUAGUCUUAUUCGAUUCGUGUUAAACGCAAUUUGUCUACUAACCAUCACAUCGCAAGAUUACACUCGGAACAAGGCUUAUGCGACUACACGACCGAUCACAAUAAUUAUUCAUUGACAACUCGGCACAACUUCUUCUUUGUUGCCCAUUGCGGGCUCGCCGCGCCUACUGAUUGAAUUCAUUGGUUCAUCACGUCGCCGUAAUGGACCUUGAAACUAAUACGUCUAUUACCACGCCGCGCAAGAUAACUGAUGUACUCGAGUUGCCAGAUGAGAUAUUGAAAGAAAUAUGUGCCAAUCUCGUACAAUCCGACUUGAUUUGCGUUUCUCUUGUCUGUCGACGCUUUCGUGAUUUCGCCGCUGCACAACUAUAUCGUAACUUCCACAUCGUGUUCCCCGACGAAGAUGACCCCUUUUUCGAUUCCCCUAUCGAUGGCCUUGCAGGUGGUCUAUCUACCUUUGCCACCAGCGAUUACAACUAUGCGCAAUACUUGAGGGAGAUCUCCCUCGACACACUCAGUGUAGGCGACAGGGCCGAGGCUGCCUACAAGCCAUACCUUACUACAGUCAGCUGUGGGAAGUUCUUAAAUACUCUUUUACUUCUCACUCUACGAAAGGCCCAGUCACUAGAUGCUUUCCGAUGGAAUAUCCGAGUCGAAUUGAGCCGACCUGUCUACAAACAGCUCCACGAGAUUAAGACCUUGAGGCAUCUACAUCUCCGGCUGCAAGCUGGUCCCUCUCUCUACGAACCUCCUCCGCCUCUUCCUUACACAACCUCGCAGUUUAUGGAGUUCGCGUUAGCAUCUCCAUCUGCGCAAUGGGGGAAUCCUACUAACACUCUACCUGCGCUUUACGGUCCCCCUCCUACUUUAACACCUCCAUCUCCAGUCUUCAAACCUUCCUGGAAAAAUAGGGCAUCCAAGAAAUCGCCUCCAAUUUUGGAGCCACCGACGAUCUCAGGGUUUAGAGCAUUGGAAAGUCUCAGUGUUCUUGACAUUGAUAGCCUCGACGUAAUUACGGAGAUCCAAGCUUGCGUACGUAACUCUUCAUCGACGCUACGAAAAUUGAAGCUUUCAUUUUCGACUUCCCUUGCAAUGCAGGCAAGAAAGCCGUCCGCAGAAGCAGAAAUAGAUGAAUCUGAGGAUGACGAGUUUCAAGUUGUACCCCUGGUGACGGCCAACUACGAUAGCAGCGGACCGGCAAAGGCUUUUCGGGCUCAGGAGGAGCGAAAGGCGCAAGAGUCGGUAUUAGGUCGCAUAUUUGAGUUGGAGCACCUCCACCCGAAGAACUCGAGCACUGUUGCAGAAAACAAAAAGGAAGAGGAAGUUCAAGAACAGACGUCUCUAUCGCGCGAGGGUGAUCGCUUCAUCGACAGAGUCAGCAAAGUCUUCCAGCGCAUAGCGGAACACGUGAAUGGCACAAGCGAGUUUACCUAUCCGCAACAAGCAGAUGCCCUAGAGACUAUUACGAUAGCUGCGACAAAAUAUGUCGAAUGGACAGAGAUGAAGGACAAGGUCAAUGCCCCUACACAAGACCAUACUGCCAACGACAAACCAGGCCUAUCCUCCAACGAUGCAGGGGAGCUUCCGUCUCCCAAUGAUGGUGUAAAAGACCGAACCUGUAAGGCAGACGAUACAUCAUAUGAUGUCAAUCCCGAUGACAUCGACGUUACAGUUCCUGAAGAACAGCUGGGUAUUGAGCUGCAGCCAGUUAAUGACGUAGCUGCAACGGACGUAGCACAGUCGAAAGAAAUAGGCAAUACUAUAGAUGAGAUGCAGCGCAUGGCUAAGAGCUCUAUCCCGGAAUCCACAGAUACCAGCGAAUGUCUCACCUCAACCACGGAUAAGCAAAAGAAGCUACCUCCCAACUCUAUUAAUGGCCAGCUAGUCUCAACUGCGGAUCAGAAAGAAAAGCCAUCUUACGAUGCUAGUCAGUAUGCACGGGACACCAGAGGCAUCAGCCUCCAAUCCCUAAGUAUCCAUCUCAUACCGAUCAAGGCUUCAAUUCUGGGGAAGGCAAUAGAUCUCCGCACGCUAACUCGAGUAACCUUAUUGAAUGUCGGCGAACAGAGAAGAUUCUGGGUAUUGAUGAUGAAAGAGAAUAGAUUAAAGCCCCUUCCCUUACGAAAGGUUUUUACGGACGACGUCAGCUUUCAAUUUCUUCAAUUCGUUUCGGAACUUGAAUGUGUCAAGGAGAUACUUAUGCUCCAACGAUCGCCGAAGUACAAGCCAGAGAGCUUUGCGCUAAACCCGGGAACGAACAUAGAACAGAUCCGCAAGUUUGUCUUAAAGAAGCAUAUGCACUCUAUUAAGCGUCUCAUGAUUAAGAAUCAAGCAGAUAACUCGUGGGACCUAAACGAAAAAACGGUACAGCUCAUUUGCAGAAGAGGGAAAGCGUUGGAAGAAUUGGCUGUAAUAAUGGGCAUGAAUGCAAUUCACACCUUCCUACAGCAUAUAGCUGGCCUUGUGAAUCUUCGAGCACUACAUCUUGUUUCCUUCAGAACUGAAGACACUUGCCUUUCUGUCAUGCGGGAGACACGUCGUUUCAUAGUCGACGCUAUCUCCCAUCACCCCGAACUAAAGUUGGAAUGGCUCGCGUUAGGCGAUGAUGAUAGAGUCGUGAGGGUCGUCCGAAAGACAGAAACCCCGAAGCAGCCGAAAUUUACAACGAAGGGAAAGCAGCCCGCCACGAACCAAGUCGACUACAACGUUGGUGGCGGACCUUUCCCAGUAGCGCCUACAGAAUGGGACGACGUAAGUGAAAGUGAAGACGAUGACGGAGAUGAGCAGAUCCCAAUGCAAAAGCUUGAAUUGAACGAAGGCUAUUCGUUUUAUGAUAUCUGUGGUGUUCGGAUAUUCAAGAAAGAAGUUGUAAGUGGGCGUCUCUGAUUUGAGGUUUGGAGGUUGGUAAAGGAUUCGAAAGUGUCAUAGGAGAGGGCAGAUGUUUUUCAUGAGCUUUGGACGGUUGAUUUUCGUUGGCAAAAUACCCCCUUCCAUUUAUGUAGGAUAAUGGCGUUAGUGGGCAGACUGGUCUACUAGCAGAUGACGAAUAGUGUAGGGAUCACAAAGAUGUCUCGCUAUCUUGCGACUGUCAACGAUGAUCAGGCUAGUUCCUGUGAGAUAGAUGUACAAUGAAUCGAUGUGUCACGUAUAAUAUUCGCUGCCUGUAUAUAAUCAUGUAGACCUUUUCUAGGUAUUUCUCAUUACUGCCUAUACAAAGCUUAUAUUUCUACA